AUGGACAAUCAAGGUCAGGGUCCCCCGCUCCCCCCAACUAACGGUACAGCACCCGACGGAUCCGCCGCUUCUGGCGCUGACGCUGCUCCCGACGACGCGGGAAUUAAGAUGGUUCUCCCGAACAUUAGUUUCUCCAUGGGUCAACCUACCAUCGGCGCAACCGGCGCACCGCCUGGGGGAGCUCCGCCUGGCGGACCUUCCCCCCAUGGCGGACCAACCCCCGCGCUUCCCCCCUUUCCUCCGCCGUCCAAUGAGGGUUACCCUUCCGGCGGAGGAUACCCGCCGGAUUCUGGGCCGCGUUCUACGGGGCUCGGCGCGCUUGGCAUCGGCGGGGACGGCGGAGACAUGCGCGGGGACACGCGCGGGGAGCACGCGGAGCACAGGCAGAAGCGCUCCGCGGGGGAGAUGUACGGCGGGGAAUCGGGCGACUCCGCGCGGGGCGGGGAGCGGGGAGAACGCGGGGAGCGCGGGGGAGGUCCAGGCGGGGAGAGGAUUGGGGGGAGCGGGGGUACGGGGGGGAGCGGAGAGCUGAAGCGUUGGCCGGGGUGGCCGGGGGAUAACGUGUUCCGCUUCGUGGUGCCGAUGGGGAAGGUGGGGAGCAUCAUCGGGCGGCGCGGCGAGUAUGUGAAGAAGAUCUGUGACGAGACCAAGGCACGCGUUAAGAUCGUCGAGGGCGCUCCGGGCCAUGACGACCGCGUGGGUGCCCGUGGUUCCGAUGGGGAAGGUGGGGAGCAUUGCGGCGAGUGUGUGAAGAAGAAUAGGGACGAGACCAAGGCGCGCGUUAAGAUCGCGGAGGGCGCUCCAGACCAUGACGACCGCGUGGGCGUGACGAGACCAAGGCGCGCGUUAAGAUCGUUGAGGGCGCUCCUGGCCAUGACAACCGUCGGAUCGUGGAGGGCGUAUCUGAGGACAAAUUCACUUGUUCUCUCCCCGAUCUCCGUCAUUCUCCCUGGUCUACCUUCAAACCCCCAGGUGCUGGUGUCAGGCAGAGAGGACCCUGGUGGGACCCUGACUCGGAGCUCCCACCAGCCGUCGUGGCGAUGCUGCGUGUGCACCGUCGAAUCAUGGAGGGUGUAUCAGAGGGCAAACCACCUCUUCCUUUCCCCUCUUCCAACCUCCUACACUCACCCCGCCCUGCUGCCUCCCCAGGUGCUGGUGUCAGGCAGAGAGGACCCUGACUCUGAGCUCCCGCCAGCCGUCGUAGCAAUGCUGCGUGUGCACCGUCGGAUCGUGGAGGGCGUGUCAGAGGAUGAGAUUGAGGCGUCUCAGCCGGGGGAGGGGUUCCGGGGGCAGGUGGCAACGCGCCUGCUGGUGCCAGCUACACAAGCGGGCAGUUUAAUAGGGAGGCAGGGGCAGACCAUUAAGGCUUUACAGGACAGCACAGGCGCGCACAUCAGGAUCCUUUCCCUUGGUAUGCUGGCUGAAAUUUGCUUUUCUGGUAGGGGCGUGUCAGAGGACGAGAUCGAGGCGUCUCAGCCGGGGGAGGGGUUCCGAGCGCAGGUGGCCACUCGCCUGCUGGUGCCGGCUACACAGGCGGGCAGUUUGAUAGGCCGGCAGGGGCAGACGAUCAAAGCGCUGCAGGACAGCACAGGGGCGCACAUCAGGAUCCUCUCUCUUGAGGACGUGCCGCCAUGUGCACUGGAGGAUGAUCGAGUGGUGGAGGUGACGGGGGAGUAUGCGUGUGUGCACGAGGCUGACGUGCCGCCAUGCGCACUGGAGGACGACAGGGUGGUGGAGGUGACGGGCGAGUAUGCGUGCGUGCACGAGGCAGUGAAGGGUGUCACUCUGCAUCUCAGGCGCUUCCUCUGCGACCACUCCGUGCUGCCACUCUUCGAGCAAUGCCGCUCCUUCCCCCCUCCAAUGGACCCCAGGGGUGCGCCCUACGCGUCCCCCUCUAGCCGCGGAGGGGGAUGGGGGAACCCUCCUCCGGGGGGAAUGCACUCUCCUCCUCACCGCUCGCGCUUCGACCUUCCCCCUUCUGCUGCGCCUGACCCCUAUGGCAGCCUCUCCUCCCUAGGGAGCAUGGGGGGUGCUGACAGUUGUUGGGCAUUGCGCUUCGACCUCCCUCCCUCUGCUGCACCUGAUCCCUACGGCAGUCUCUCCUCCCUGGGCAGCAUGGGCGGUGCUGACAGGUACGAGGUUUUGAGAGGUGAGCUUUCAGCACUCAUUCCCUUCCACUCAACCCCCCUGGGUGCGGCAGCAGGGCCAGGGCCAGGGGGGAUGGAUGCGAAUGGGCAGUUGAGGGCAGCACUGUCUAAGUAUGGAAGGGAGACGCCUGCUGCUGCUGCUGCUGCUGCCAUGACCAACACGGUCUCGCCUGUUGUCGCUCAGGUGGGUGUUGAUUACUCCUGCCCCUCUCAAUCCCCCCCUGUAGUCACGCAGGUGAGCGUAUUUGUGAGACGUUUCAAAAAUACACUUUUUACACGUGGCACUCUGUCGUUUCUGCUCUGCUACGUCGACGCCAUCAUCGGCCCCAACGGCACCAACAUUGUCAGUGCAACCAUGCAGAUCCCUCUGUCCUAUGUGGACGCCAUCAUCGGCCCCAACGGCACCAACAUUGUCAGCGCCACGAUGCAGAUCCCUCUGUCCUACGUGGACGCAAUUAUCGGUCCCAACGGCACCAACAUUGUCUUCCUGCGCCGUACCAGCAAUGGGGUUACCCCUUCCUCACCCUCUGCUCCUUUUCCCCUCCACCCCUGCUCCAAACCCCUUCCAUCCCAUCCACUGCAGGUCAGUGCAACCAUGCAGAUCCCUCUGUCAUAUGUCGAUGCAAUCAUCGGUCCCAACGGCACCAACAUUGUCUUUCUCCGCCGCACCAGCGGUGCCGCGGUGACGAUUCAGGAGAGCCGGGGAGCAGGAGGGCAGCCGGAGAUGACGGUGGAGGUGCGGGGCAGUGCCACGCAGGUGCAGACGGCCCAGCAGUUGAUAGAGAGCCGGGGAGCGGGCGGGCAGCCGGAGAUGACGGUGGAGGUGCGGGGCAGUGCCACGCAGGUGCAGACGGCCCAGCAGUUGAUAGAGAGCCGGGGAGCGGGCGGGCAGCCGGAGAUGACGGUGGAGGUGCAUGGCAGUGCGACGCAGGUGCAGACGGCACAGCAGUUGAUAGAGGGAGGGCAGCCGGAGAUGACGGUGGAGGUGCGGGGCAGUGCCACGCAGGUGCAGACGGCCCAGCAGCUUAUUGAGGGGCGGGCGGGAGGGCAGCCGGAGACGACGGUGGAGGUGCGGGGCCACGCAGGUGCAGACGGCACAGCAGCUGAUCGAGGUGCGUGGGAGGUGUUCGAGGGUACUGGAUUUUCAUCUCAUCUCUUUUCCGUCCUAGCUGCUGGAGGUGCUGCUGGGGCUGGGGGGGCAUACGGGUCAACAGGAGGGUAUGGGUACUUAUUCCCAACGGCCGCAUCUGUGAUUCCCCGUCGCUGGAGAGAUAGUGGCAGGCACUUCAGACAACCCCUGCUUCGCAGAUUUUGUCGCAUGGCGUCGCAAGGCGGCGAUCCGCCGUCGCAAGGCGACGAUCGCCCGUCGGACGAGGCGAUCCUAGCGCAGCAGAAUGCGAUGCUGGAAGAGGAAGCUCAGCGGUACCCGCUUGUCGGGGAGAAGGAGCCGUUGGCGGCCUUGGCGUCGGAAUACGCAGCGGGAAGCACCACGUUCCAAGACAAGAUCGAGCACCUAGCAAUGGAGUACGAGGCCAUCAGGCGGACUCGAGGAGAUGGAAACUGCUUCUUCCGCUGCUUCCUCUUCGCGCUCCUGGAACAUCUGUUACAAGACGGCAGCAAGGAGGAGUGCGAGCAAGUGAGGGAACGAGUGGCACGCAGCGAGCAGAGGCUGAGGGACCUUGGGUAUACCGAGUUCACAUGGGAAGACUUUGCUGCUGAGUAUCGGGAGCUUCUAGAUGCCGUGGACCCAUCGAGUGCAGCAGAGAAGAUCACGGUGGAUGGUCUGUUGAAGCGCUGUCAAGACCCAGACUGUUCCAACUAUGCGGUCAUGUUUCUGCGUUUCAUCACAUCAGCAGACAUACAGCACCGAGCAGACUUCUUCCAUCCCUUCCUGCCUGAUGCUAUGGCCAGCAUGGGAGCACCAAAGGAGGCAGCGAAGCAGUUCUGUCACAAGGCAGUGGAGCCAAUGGGGGAGGAGAGCGACCAUGUGCACAUCACGGCCAUCACAGAUGCCCUCGCCGUACCCAUCCGCAUCGUUUACCUUGACCGCAGCGCCGGGCAAGCGAAUUUUCAUGAGUUUCUGCCCGAGGAGAGUGUACAGGCAGCCCCUGCAAUGACGCUGCUCAACUACAGGAAGCAUUUGACAGCACUAUUGAUGGCAACCAUGCAUGCACUAUUAUUCUGGUUCCUUGACAUGAAUUGCACUACUGUAUUGCCCCAACGUUAUUACUAA